ACCUAACUUGGCUGACAAUUAAUUAAUCAAAACUGUUUUAUGGACGCCCACUUCUUCAUACACUCAAGAUAUCCGAUUAAUCACAUACAAAAAUAUAGUUAAUUCAGUAGUAUAAAUUUAAUUUACGUUAAAAAUUGUGAUUAAUUCAUCUGGUUGAAUUAACCACAAUUUUAGACGAAAUUAAUCAACUGAAUUAACCAUAUUUUUUCGACACGAUUAAUCUCGAGUGUACAAAAAGUGAGUGUCCAUAGUUACUUAAUGAUGCUUAAAAGUCCCAAAGUUAACCAACAACCAUCACAUGUAUUCCUCCAUUCACCCACUUGAUUUCUUAGAAGCUGAGUUUCUCUUACCAUUGGCCAUCUUAUCUUAUACUUAAUAUUUUAAGAUCAACAAUAAGUCAACUAGGGAAGGUAAGGACAGGCCUGUGGGGCACAGCACUCAUAUCAUGAUAUCAAGAGGGUUGAAUCAAAAUUAUAAAACUCUUAGGAAUUGAUAAAUAUAGAAAUUUUCUAUUUGAACAAAAGAAGAAGGAGACAAGUUGAAAGUGACUAGUACUAUUUUAUUACAACAACUGAAAAUUGUUUUUUGGAACAUGUUCUGAGAUUUAUGUGAAAAUGAAGCAUAGAACAUGAUGAUUCUUUGUCUGUUAGCACAGUAGCCUUGUCUUUCCAUUCUUUCAACUUGUUUGGCGCCAGCCAUGAAGACUGUUCUUUCUAUAAGUUUCUUGUUUUGUUGCUCUCUUCUGUUCCUUCUUUUGGAUUCUUCAACUUCACUUCCUCUAUGUAUUGAUUCAAGGGCACCCUUUACCCUUAAUACUACACUCAAGUUUUGUCCUUACAAUGGAAGUACAUGUUGCAACUCAAUACAAGAUGCACAAAUACAGAAGCAGUUUCAACAGAUGAAUGUAUCUGAUAGUGCAUGUUCCUCACUUUUGAAAUCAAUACUUUGUGCGAGGUGUGACCCUUAUUCAGGAGAACUGUUUACAAUUCAGUCCACAGCUAGAUCAGUUCCUGUGCUUUGCAAUUCUGCCAUUCCAUCAAAUUCUUCUCAGUCAAAGGCAUCACUACAUGACUUCUGCUCUCAAGUAUGGGAUACAUGUCGAACCGUGUCAAUAAUAAACUCACCAUUUUCCCCUUCCUUACAAGGUGGAGGAGGAUUACCAGCUAAUAAAAAUUCAACUAAACUGAAUGAACUAUGGCAGUCAAAAACCGAUUUUUGUAAUGCUUUUGGAGGAGCCUCCAGUAAUGGAUCGGUGUGCUUCGAGGGUGAACCUGUUGCAUUAAAUAACACUGAUGCUCCAGUUAUCCCUCCUCAUGGCUUGUGCCUUGAGAAAAUUGGGAAUGGAUCUUAUAUCAAUAUGGUUGCUCAUCCCGAUGGAUCAAGCCGUGCGUUUUUCUCAAGUCAAAUGGGAAAAGUUUGGUUAGCAACUAUUCCGGAAGAGGGAUCAGGAGGACAGUUGGAGCUUGAUGAAUCAAGUCCUUUUGUUGAUCUAACUGAUCAAGUUUAUUUUGAUACUCAAUUCGGAAUGAUGGGAAUGACAUUUCAUCCAAAUUUCGCAAACAAUGGUCGAUUCUUUGCUUCGUUUAACUGUGAUAAAGAUAAAUGGUCUGGAUGCAAUGGAAUAUGUUCUUGUAAUUCAAACGUUAACUGUGAUCCGUCAAAGAUAGGUACUAGUAACGGCGCUCAACCAUGUCAAUAUCAAACUGUUAUUGCAGAAUAUACUGCUAAUGGCACUGCAUCUAAUCCAUCCUCGGCUGAAAGUGCUAAACCAACUGAGGUGAGAAGGAUAUUUACUAUGGGCCUCCCAUUUACAUCUGACCAUGCCGGUCAAAUACUCUUCGGACCCGAUGAUGGUUAUUUAUACUUCAUGAUGGGUGAUGGAGGAGGUGGUUCAGGUGAUCCAUACAAUUUUGCUCAAAACAAGAAAUCAUUGCUCGGAAAGAUUAUGCGGCUUGAUGUAGACAACAUUCCAAGUGCAUCAGAAGUUAGUAAACUUGGACUUUGGGGUAGCUACUCUAUUCCUAAGGAUAAUCCAUUCAGAGAAGAUAAAGAUUUAGAGCCUGAAAUAUGGGCCUUGGGAUUAAGAAAUCCUUGGCGAUGCAGUUUUGAUUCAGAAAAGCCUUCCUACUUUUUUUGUGCUGAUACUGGACAGGAUCUUUAUGAAGAGGUGGAUCUCAUCACAAAAGGUGGAAACUAUGGCUGGCGUGUUAACGAGGGACCGUAUCCAUUCACUGCUACAGAAUCACCUGGAGGCAAUACCUCCCUUAAAUCCAUAAAUGCAAUUCUCCCCAUAGCAGGAUACAACCAUUCCCAAAUAAACAAGAAUGAAGGUUCAGCUUCGAUUACCGGGGGAUAUGUUUACCGAUCCACGACUGAUCCUUGCAUGUUUGGAAGGUACCUGUAUGCUGAUCUUUACGCGGGUGCAAUUUGGGCCGCCACAGAAGACCCUGAAAACAGUGGAAAUUUCACAACUAGCAAAAUCCCUUUCGGCUGUGCACACGAUUCUCCUAUACCAUGUGACUCAGGACCUGGUAGCCUUCCAGCUCUAGGAUACAUCUUUUCAUUUGGGCAGGACAACAAGAAAGAUGUUUAUAUUCUUGCAAGUACUGGCGUUUACCGAGUUGUUCCUCCAAGUCGCUGCAAUUACACUUGCUCACUGGAAAAGGCGUCAACAGCUGUUCCUCCUUCUCCCUCUCCGUCUCACGCAAGCCAUUUGAGUAACUUCAAUGGAUAUCUGUUUCUGCAGCUUUCAUCUUUGUUGUUGCUUUUGAUGAGUUUCAUAUAGUAUAUGCUAAUUAUGAUCACUGUAAAUUUCGGAUAGAUAAGAGAAUGUUUUACUCACAUGCUCUUUCUUGCUUUCUACUCUUUUCCUCUUCUUUUGUGUAAGUCUAAUAAUUAUAAAAAUAUAAGUGAUGAAGAUUCUAAUGCUAA